AUGCACAGGGAACAGUUGAGUGACGAUUAUUUGUGAUAUUAGUAAUCUUAUCACUAUAACCACUUCCUCCCUGCAGUGCUCGCAAACCUAUCACUACGUUUACUGUGCGUUUGUAGGGCUCACGACCACUGUUGGCGAUGGCGAAAGGACAGUAAGUGAUUUACUAAGAACUGCUAAUUAGUUCUAUUAAAACAUAAUGAGUACCUUGUGGGAAGCAGAUAAACUUACUGAAGGUAUUUGGCAACGGUGCACAGCUGACAGUGGUGUCAAGCUCAGCCGUAAACACCUUUUUCCAGGACGAUCGUUGUGAAUAAUCAAAGUAAUCACAAAUGUUUACUAACUCACUAAAUACCAUUCACAGGCAACUACGUCUGUCACGCAAUACGUUCUUGACACAAACGAUCUUACCACCAAUGGUCAUGGAUCCAUGACCACCCCACCAACCAUAAUAACAUUUCCCCCUUUUAUCCUGUUUUAUAUUUGUCGCUAUCUUUUUCGCUCUCUUUUCUCCUGUUCUCCAACCGCGGAAUGUAUUUACUCCUUAAUCAGCGACUUCUGUUACAUAAUCUGUCUGUGUGGACCACUUUGUUGGAAUCAUGAGUGUUGUCCCGGAGGAUCCUAACUCCGUGUCAGACGACGGACCCUUUUUAGGAGCAACCCCACGUCCAGCUACGACGUUAACUACGCAGCAUUCCGCGUAAACCAAAGGUGAGUAUGCCGCGGCUACAACAGUGGUGAAAAAGAUAACGACGGAUAUAAAACAGAAUAAAAGGGCGAAAUGUUAAUAUGAUUGGAGGGGUGGUCUUGGAGUAGUUCAAUUUUGUGUUUCCGAUGGUAAGAUAUCGACGGAUGAGCUCGCCUCAGCGUCCUUGCCUGCAAGUCAAAAAGGAGUAAUUCAGUCUCACCACCCUCUUCUUAUUUCCCGCCUUAUUAUUUUUUCCACCCUCUAUUACUCUAUCGUACAAAAAUAGGUAAAUGCUUUCGAUUCUUUGUUAAAAACACAAAAAUUAGUAGAGCACAAUUUAUUUCCUUAACUAACAAUUACUGUUUUGUAGUCCACUAGUAGAUGCUUAAUUGCAUCGUCGUUGCUGCCCGUCGUUUGCCCUUUUGAGGACGUUCUUGAGCGUGUCAUCUAAAUUCUGCCUGUCUGACAUGUGGCUCAUCCUUCCUCUGGAGUGCAAGUGGUUCGGAACUCAGGAUGAGUUCUUAUACGGAUGUCACAUAGAAUACCCGAUUUCCCUGUUUCUUCCAUAGAAGGUUACAAAUUCUGCAACGUUCUUGGGUUAAGUGUAGAGAAAAAGCUGCCAGAAAAUGCUAAUGACUUGCAUUAAACGUUGAAAUGUAGCGGCUGCGUCACAGAGGCCAAAAGGCAUAGUUUAAAACUCGUAUAAUCCUUGUGGAAGAAUGGACGCCGUAUUUUGACGGUGUGCAGGUUCCACUUCCACUAGACAAUAGAAAGACUUAAGAUCCAAAGUAGAGAACCACUAAACUCUGCCAAGGCGUCAAGCGUACAUUCGAUGUGGGGUGAGGGAAACGAAUCUCGUGUUGUUACCGGAUCAAAAAGUCUAUAGUGUCUGCAGAAACGUAUCUUGUCGUUCUUUCUUGGCACCAGUGUUGCUGGUGAUGCCCACGGAGAACGAGAGGGUUCGAUCACUCCCGUAGCUAGCAUGGUAUCCAAUAACGUAUCAACACCUUCUUGCAAGUACGCUGAAAUACAACGUGUGCGUUGCCAAAUGGGCUUUCCUGCACCCGUUUCGAUGACAUGAAUGCAAUUUGUCCGGCCUAACGUAUACUCGUCCCAUGCACAAAAUAUCGCGAAAAUCCAGUAGCAUUAUUCUUAGUGGUUUUUUCUCAACGUCUAUUUGGUCUUCUUUGAGUAAGAUAACAUCGAUGGACGUAACUAAGAUCUGUAGCAUAGCAUUGAUUGCCGCACAGGCGGCAAUUUCAUCUAUGAUAGGAGUCGUGGUCCGAGUUUCCUUGUCUGUUUGUCCGAAAUCGACAUUUCAAUGUUUUACAUCAAUGUAGCAUCUGCAACGAGCCAGGAAAUCGAUCUUCAGAAGAAUAUCCCAUGUAAGGUGGGGGUCACGAUAAAGGUGUGCCGCACCGCGAUGUUGUAGAGAUAAGCCGUCUUCCAUGUUUAGUCUGACUGGUUGGCCUGCUUCAUCUGUCUGGUGAUAGACGUAAGUGGGUAGAAUUUGUGGAUUAUCUAACGAUACUGCCGGCUCUGUAUCAAUCAACGCCCGUACUGUCUGACUAACUAUAGACACUUUAGCCCAAAAUGCAGCAACUGAAAAAGGGAAGUUUGUGCUUGAGGUAAAGAAACGGUACCCGUCGUCCUGUUACAAAUGCACGCCUAGUUACAAAAAGAAGACUGUCUUCCCGGCCUACGAAAGGGCCCAACUCAUUGAUUGGAAGAGAAAUGUCGUGUAGGAAAAUGACGCCCUUCUCCCGUGGCCGUAUGGGGUCCGUUCCAACAGUGUGUCAGUGGGAUCUGGGGAACCAUGGGUUGUGGGGCUCAGACGUAGAUAGCGUUCGGCCCGGUCAACUGUGUCUUGCAGGUCAUCUGAAGGCUGUAGCAAGGGAAAUGCGAUAAAUCAGACGCCGGCAGGGCUUUUAUAAAGCAAUGGAGGACCACAUUGUCCUUAUCCGCAGCUGCUAACGUGGGAUAUGCCACGGUCAUGAGACGAUUCAUAUCCUCUACGAGUUGAUUCGUUGUUUAAUCGAGUUAUAAAUGCCGUUUGUGUAAUUGUCCGAUGGAAUCCCUAAAGGAGCAUGUAUGUCCAAAUAAAUUUACUAAACGCAGGCCCUACGUCGGGUGCUUGAUCUAGUUGUUUAGGCGCCAGGACCUUGAGGAUUGUGCGUGAUUUAUCUGGCGUCGCGACCUCCUCGAGGUAGAGUUUUGCUCUCCGAAGCCAGAUUAAGUAGGCUUCCUUACCACCGUACUGUAGUAUCUGGAUGGCACGUGUUUCGAAUCCUUUAUUUCCGAUUGUAUGUUAAGACUGCGUACGGUCGUUGCGCUGCCACCAUUGUGGUAGGCAGAUCGCCCGACUGUCCAAUAGGAGGAGUCGGCUCUGACGUAGUGACCGUUGCCUUGAUGAGGCUGGGUGGAGAAGUGGUUGGUUCCUUCUUUCCCGAAGGGAUCGCACAGUCAGACAAUAUCUCAACAGACGGAUGUAUCCUUGAUCAAUGAAGAAGGUCUAGAGAGGGAAGCGAUAUAUUAUAGAACAGAAGGUGUAGAGAAGGGGAAACAAAAAUGUGUCAACGAGCGCACCUGGUUCUGAGGAUCAAGGGGAAAGAUUAGACACUCGGGGAUUACGGUUGAGGCCUCGGAGGGACAAAACCCACUGGCUCUGGCCUCGGGUUCAGAGAUACUUCACCACAUUCGGUUACAAAACAUCAAAAAGGUACAUCCAGUUAUUGUCUCCACGCUUCCAGUCUCCUCCUGCCUGCUCCCUCUCUGUCUCGUUAAAACAAGCCUGUUUUUAUCGGGUCAUACACAUUGCCCUCCUCAGAUGGAACCCUGUCGGCAAGGGCACUGGGGGGUGCGUCACUUGCCACAACUUUGGUAGCCGGUGAGGGUACCACGUACGGUGGAACAAUUGAAAGUGUCAUUCGUGGCAGUGGGUAGGCGUCCUCUGUAAGGCUUACGUUUGUCGUAGUUUUCUGUAAAAACUAUUCCAUCUUGGUGUAUGCGUCAAGUAGUACGUAGUUAGCCGGAGUACGACGUCCAGAACUACGAGUAGGCCUUCCCGGCGAUGAAAGAAUUUUACUCGCGUGCCUUACGGAAGAACGGGGGGGGGAUAUUUUCACAGAAGAUCGCCGUGUACAUGAGGAGUACAAUGCGUCUGUCCGUUAAAGUUGCUACUCUGUCAUUCAUAUGUCUACCUUAAAGGUGAGCGGGUCAGGUUAUGGGUCAGUCGCAUCAGUUCCUGCAGGUGUACGAUUUAGUCAUCAGUCGUGUAAGCGCUUAGCAGCGACAAGGGUAGGUGAGAGUCUGUUGGGAGACAGAAAGUGUGGCCUGUUAUCGUCAUGAAGGCACAUAGCCCGUGCAGACAUAGAAAGUCGCCCGGUAAGCCAUCGUGACACCGGAAACGCGUUUUUUCCGAGUCGUUUGGGUGGUAGUCCUCCGUGAAAGCCUUAAGGCGCUUGGCUUAUGUCCGGUCGCUCGUCCCAUUUGUCCAUUAUCUUCUGGGUUGAAGGGCGUUGUGCGGGCCUCAUAGACCUGUAGUAGAUCGCGCACGUCUUGGACUAGUUUUGUAUCGACAUUGACAUCGCAGUCUAAAUGCAUAGCUAAUGACGCUCCAAAACGGAAUAUUCAUUUAUUGAAAAGGUUAGGAAUAAUGGAUGUAGCGUCUUGUCGUAAGAGUGGUACCGAUUUUGCCCAUUUCGUGAAAUAGUCCACCAUAACCAGGAUGAAGCCGUCGUACAUUUUUUACGCAUACACUCUUCUCGUCUACGCCGCUGCAUCCACGAGACAGGGGAGUGUAUAUUAAAAAGUAUGAACUAACUGCACAUUUAUACUGUUCAUUAAGAUCACAGCCUACAGGCAGUGGACUUCCAUUAUGCAUAUAUGGUAGCCUAGGUUUGAGGAGCUCGUCAGCAAUUAUUCCAACAUCUGAUGGACAUUUUCCACCUCGGCGAGGAAAUGUAGCCCAGACGAUCAGACCAUAGCACGAGUAUGGAAUACAAAAAGGCACGCAUGACAACGUCGUCUGUUUUGCUGAUUUGAUCCCGGUGCCACAUUUUUGGCCACAGACGUCAUUACAUUUAACAGGCCUGGUUUCCGGAGGGAAACCAAUGGAUGCAAAUUUUUACGAAUAAGGGGUCCCAAUAGCCUUUACAUCACAGACAAAAAGUCUGGACUUUUCUUCGGUCACUAGGUAGACGGCAAUCACAAAUUGAGCUCAGAUUGGAUUAGAAAACUUCUGCUCUUAAGAUUGACUGAUAUCUAUAUUGACCCCAUCUCUCACUGACACUAUCACUGUUUGAGGAUCCCUAGUAACUUUGAUAUGCUUUUACUGGCAUGACUGUUGAAUCUUUGCAGCGGCUUCGGGCAAUAUCGAUGUGAUCAGUGGCUUCUUGCGGUCGACUCAAAGCGCUGUGGUGGUGUAAUCUGCUGCCAACUGAAGGUGCUUUAUCUGCCGUCGGUGUGUUCCCCAGUCCUUUAAGACCGGCCCAUGGGGACCUUUCCUUAGAUGGAUUGCGACUCAGAUUCUGAUGACGCAUUGCCUCCAGAAUGGCAAAUAAAAGUAUGCGAACACACGGACCGAGUCAUUUUUAUCAAGUAAAACAUGUUUUUUGAUCUUAUGAUUUUCCGUCUAGUUGUUUCAAUGAAGAAAUUCGCACAAGGCACCCAAUUGACGAUUACGAACGUAUCCUUUCGCCAUUUCCGGAGGGGUGGCUGCACAUUCAGUCGUCAAUGCACAACACCUUAUUUGUCAAGUGCAUAAAAUUACCUAUCCCUUUUUUGAAUAUAUUUAAGAUAUGAUGUAACAUAUUUCGUCUACUAGUAUGGCAUAACAAAUUUCGAGGGCUGAGGGAGUAGCUAUCUGGCUUGUUGCCCCUAGAGACGACAAGAGUUAUCUAGAACUUCGAAGCCCACAAUGGUUUACAUGAGCAACUUCUCUCGGUGGGCCAAUUUCGUGCAUAAAGAGUUAGCGUCCUACUUUAAACCUCACAUCCCUCUUCGAAGGGUUAUAUGUCCCCCUGGUUUUGGCUAACUGCACUUGAUUCGCUGAUGGGCUGCCAAGACAAAAUCGGAUGCCAGAACUUUCGCUUGGCCCUUGUUUUCGUCAUAUUUGUGCUUCAGAAACUAGGAGUGAGUAUGACUUGCCUCCACCUUUCUCUUCUUCGCCAGUCAGUAUUUUGUGAGUUUGGUGGAUAUUUUCCCUUCACUGUUGAGAGACGCAAAGCUAACACGAAGGGAAACUGCAUAGUUACUCUUGCUUGCAUAUUUAUUUCGUGACGCAUCUUGUUAACAUAAUCUGAAAUUCGGAUAUAUCAUUUCAUUUGGGAAAACUUACGUGAGUGGGGUUGUAAUGCUAAUUACCAUGCAGUUUAGUCCCAAAUUUUUUCGACCACCUCAGGAUGUUGGCUUCUCGCCGAAAUCACACUGGCUAAAACGACUGCUUAAGUAGCGUGGAUUUUUUCCAUUGAUUUUCGACGUUCAUAUGUAUCAGAAUCCCUGUGUGAAAUCCUGGUGUGUUGUGUUGGGGGUCAGCCCGUGUGUGUAGCACACGCAGACGGACGGUUUUUAGCUCCGUCAGCCACUGUGCCGAAUCUCCGUAUUAAUUGAUUGAGCGGCUCAGACUGAGCGACUGAUGUCUGGGAGUGGAGAGAGGAAGUGAGUUCGACUACCUCAGGACAUAUUCCCCACUAGGCACUGACGCGUUUGGAUUUAUCACGGUGCGCUAAAGGCAGUGGCUUAGGGGGCUCGCAGCCGACGGGACAACUCGGCCCACUCAGGGCGGAGUUUAGUUGCAGGGGCUCCUUCUUAAUGUGACCUUUAUGGCACUCCUACUUAGUUGGGGUCCGAACCGCCCUUCUUUCCUCCUGUGCAAUCCCCAUGCUGUGUGUGCGAGCCAGGGGUGUGGUGACACGCCCAGGUGCGCGUUCACGCUGCGUCAGUCACCCGGGCCCGACCCCACCUCCGACAUUCUUGACUCCGGAUCCAGGGGGGAGGGAGGAAGAGGGAGUGCGGUGGAUACAUCGCAAGUCUGCAACCUCAAUAAAUGAACUUUCACGCAAGUCACCGUCUCUACGCCCAUCCCGCCUGGGGGCGCUCGGCGAACAUGGUCGAGAACGGCGGCCGAACUCUUGUUGCCGUAUGUUAUGUAUUCGAACAGAUUCUCUUGAAAACAUGCACAAAAACCAUUUUUUUCACUCAUUGUGUGGCAAACUGCGUUUUCAAGCUUUUUUACUCGAGAAAACAAUGUCCUUCGGUUUCAAAAGUUUUUUUAUCGGACUUUUUAAGACCAAAGAUACUUAUUCAAGUACCAUCAUAUCGGUUUGUUUAUUAAUUUUCCCCCGAAAUAUGUAACGUGGUCCAUAUGUACUGCAAAAUUUCUGGAGUGCUAUAUGGCAACUUCUUAGUAGCAUGGGCAGAUGUGUAAUUUUCCUUAACCGGGGAGUGUGUCUUGGAAACACUAAAUGCAAGUUAACGGUAGGUCAGUCUUAGGAUUAUUCGGGAGUCGACAAAAUUUUUUUAGAAUUGGAGGAUAUUUUUUCGCGAGGAAGGAAAUUUGAAGAUGUAAUUUGCUACAAAAUGGGUGUAAGGAAUGUGGUUUUUGUGCUUGCUUUGUAGAAAGUCAGUUUAGAUAUUUAAGGACGUCGAAAAUCAAUGAAAGAAAGAUCACGCUACUUGGGUAGUAGUUUUUAACUAAUGCGAUUUUUGCAAGCGGCCAGAAAAACGUGCUUUUGAAAGUCAGCAUCUUGGCUUGACUGAAGCAACAUGGAGUUAGACUGCAUGAUAAUCAGUAUUACAAUCCCACCCAAGUAAUCAGUUAUAACCUGAAUCAUAUCUUCGAAUUUCCGACGAUGUUUCGGAAAUGCACCACCUACCGAAUAAGUAGCAUUUAAGGCGCAAAGUGGAUUUUUGUACGUUGUAUAUCGCUCUCAACCACAGGUUCUACCGACUGAUCUCCCGUUUUUUCAAAAAUAAGCGAAUGUUAGGCAAGAGUGCAGUAUCCGGUUGCACGUACGCAUCAGAGCUGUCCAUGAGUGUUUGCACUUUGGCGACAGCCUUGUAAAACAACUUAGUCAAUUGACUCGGCUUCGAGUUAUGUAACAGAGCAGGACCUCUACUAGUUGCCUUUCUUUAUGCCCAGACCUUCAAGUAACUCUCUCCUAAGUUUCCUCACGAACUAAAUUUUGCGAGGAUGCACGUCGGUUAAAAAGAGCUAUGGAACAGACGAAAAUCACAGACGAGGGCGUUUCAUGAAAAAGGUCAUAUUCACAAGGGUUGGUUGAUUAUUAAGACUCCCAACACGGGUACUAACUAAAGGCCCAAACAUAAGUUUCGCUAAGUUUGUGCGGCUGCAUGACGCAGUUCCUCACAAAGAAUUCGCAUACAUCACAUUCCAUACACAUCUUUCUGAGAAAACUAGAAACGUGACAUUAAAAACCUGAGUAUAUACCGGCAAGCACAUUUAAAGUGCUGAGGGGACCACGGAUGAGCCGUAGCCCCGCAGGCGUGUUAUGCAGUGGCACGAGACUAUUCAAACACUUAUGAGGUUUUAACUAGUACUAGUGACUCUGCGUUAUCCUGCUCUUAUAAACGACCAACUUCACUAAAGAUUGUCCCACCUACUCAGGUCAAGAUGUCGAAAACCAGGGGAACAUAAGGCGAGCUAACGACGUGACAUGUGGAAGAAGCAUUAAGUGAAAGUUAACUGCAACAGUAGCAGGCUCCUGAGUUUAAAAGAGCAGUCGGCGCCCGGCGGUGCAACUUAACCUUGCCAGAGCGUUGACAUCUAAUUCAUUGGCGACACUUUAGACGGCCGCGGAUUCUGAAGGGGAACAUUUAUACAUCCAGCAUUUCCUCAAUCUCACGCAAAGUACUAGCAAACUUCGAUCAUUAAUCUAAUGAACUUCACUAACGAGUGCACUUAGCUCGCUUCUCCUUUAAUCCUUUGUACAUGUCUGAACGCGGGACAGCUCGCCAGCUCUUGCCAAGGAAAGAACUCAUUGGAUUCUUAGCAAUUGAUGACUCAGGACAUCUUGUCCGUUUGUUUUUUGACGUUUUUGUUUUGCCAAUUUUUACCUGACCUAUUUUAGCUACGAGCAGGGGAAGCAGAGUUAUGUUGACCCGCGUUUAGCUCUUCCGUUGAAAAAGAAGAGACGCCCUGGUCGGUCUCGCAAUAAACGCGCAGUCAGGUUCGAUAAUCUUUCCACGGCCACUGAUGUAAGUCUUGACAAGUUUUCCUCCUGCCCCACCUUUUCUUAGUCGUCCCUUCCACUACUGUCGCGCACAAAUUUUUCGCUAACUUUACUUCUAGGUUUUAACUGACUGCAAUUUGUCCUCCAAGUUCGUGGUGAUUCUGGGCGGCAGCAAGGGCCUGGGCAGCACAGUUGUCAAAGAAGUUGCUGCAAAGAAGGAGGCGGUAGUUGUUUGUGUUUCCCGAACACCGCCUCCAGACUCCCAAAUACUAUCUCGUUACUCCACUCCGCGGACUGAUUGCGUAUUUUGGGCCUUUGCCGACCUGACGGAUCUGUACAGCGUCUACGCAUUCGGCCAGGUGAAAAGCUUGUCCCACUUGAUUUUCUACCCUUCGCGCUUGUCCCUUGUCCACUGCCUGAAAGCUCAUACCUGUGUACUUUGCCUGGAUAUUUAUAGCUCUAUCAUUCCUUGAGUUGGCCACUACAUGUACUUGUUCUCUCUUCCGCGGAACUGCCAAAGAAGAUGCCAGGCUGUUUGGGGUAAGGGUGGGUCCUUGGGCAAUUUUGCACCAUUUUAUAAUGACUGGUAUACAUCUGUAAGCAGUCUGAUGCGGAGGGGACUCUUUUGUGUGUAAUUUUUAUUUCAUAGUCAAGUGAAACCGCAACUCUGUCACCCCAAAAAGCGCUAUUCCCAGUGAGUUAACCUGUCUGCGGGGCAUAAUUUUUGUUAAUUAUGCGCUUUUCCGACCUUACGUACAAAACUUGCUAGGCUAUCCUGCUGCCGACAUUUUCAAGGGAAUAGUAUAUAAAACCAUUCGUGUUACUCUACGCGUAUAAGUAGCCCUUAUUUAUGGCUGCGAUCCUGUUGCUGUCCUCUUCUGCCCUGCAUAGAUGGCUUUCUGAUCGGUUCUUCAACGCCAUCUUACGAUUUUGGCCGGGCGGAAAUGUAGUCCUCGACAGCGCCAACUCCCUGCCGAACAAUAUUGGAUGUCCUUUUGAAAGGACGGUGCAGGUGAACUUCAUUUCUCAUGUGUUUCUUCUCCGUCUCCUCUACCCUCUUCUGCGUCAAGUGGGCAACGGACGUGUUGUUUUUGUCUCGUGCGAAGCACAUAGGUCCGUGUUAUUUUUCUCAACGGUGUCACUUUUGCCCUCCUUUAUAGCGUCCUGAAACCUUUUAGGAGGAUUGGCAUUUGUUCCUAUGGUUUGACGCGUCCCAGUUCUGCUUAUCCAAAUUUAUGCAUCGGUAGAUUUUGUCGCGUAUUUGUUUUCCAACGGCAGCUUUACAGGACACUGCGUAAGGGUUCUUUUCUCAUUCUGCCCCCCCCCCCCAAAUCAAGUUGCUUCCGAAUAGUAUUAUACUCCUCGUAGACUGCAGGCCUCCUGCUCAUUUGCUCCAAUGCCCACUAAAUGUUUAUUCAAGACGGCCGGAGGGAAGUAUGGCGUAGUGCGUCUGAAGGUCAUACUUUUCGAAAAAACGGUCAAAAGGAUUCCUGCACAAGGCCACGCCCGCGGUGGAAGGCAGGAUACUCGCAUGCUUUCCCGAGCACUCAGUCUGUCCAACAUGUGAUGAUAACUGUUGUUCCGUCGGAGAACUAGUGGCUUGCUCGUGAAUUGUAUUGUGGCUAAGAAAACUUAACAGUGUCUACCUUCUCUUACCCACUGCGUCCCAGUAGCAGACCUAGCCGAAAACGACCGCAUAUGGGUUUGGGUGCAUCGACUGGCCAAGCAUUCUGCCCAGUCUCCCUCGUAGAAAACAUUGAGUUCUAAACCAAUUCAAACGGGGCCUCGGUGGUCCAAGUAUCAUACUGAUACGAGUUUUCACUAGGCCACAUUAGAAGUGGACAAUUGUUAGCCCGAAUCGGCUCAGACGUUCGACUUGCCGUUCCUUCAAAUAGCCGUUCGUGCACCAGUUUUUGAGACGCCACGACAUCUCGUCUAACAAGGUUUCUAUGACAGGAAGGAGGGUGCGGGCAGCCACAACUUUUACCGUCGGGCAGCUUCUUGGAAUACAGAUGUCACCGUCUGGAAUUUUGAUAUUUUACGACAACUACAUACGUGGUUUCGUGCCCCAGACUGACUGAUCUGUAGACGUAAAUACCCAUAUUUUGUCCCCUUGGCCGCUGUUUCCUAGCUACCACAGUGUAAGGGGACGUUCGGAGUCAGCAUGAAGAAACAGCUUGUAGAUUAACGUUUUUAAACUGUCCGAGACCGCUCGGAACAUAGUCCACUCCUUAAAGACAGCCGUGGAGCUUAGUAAUCUUUCCAAUCUUGUUCUUUUUGAAUAUAUUUCCUCAAAGUUCUGUAGCAGGGCUCAUAGCUAUUAUAUAUCAUUUCCCACUCACUGUUCGCUGGUCGUUUACAACCGCAGGUCAGCAUCUGUGACGGAUCCUUCCGAUCUUGAUCGCUUACUCUCCUACCCGCCGUCACCUGCUUGUUUCAAUCCUUAUUCUGCCAACCUUUUGGAAUGCAUUCAACACUACGCCAACACAAAGUGUCUUCAGCUCCUCUUCGCGGGGGCCCUACGCCGACGAAUCCGGGUGUGGUCGCACAAUGUUGACAUCUUGGUCUGUAGUCCGGGAAAUCUUCUGGCCACGGAACUCGUUCCAUCCGCGGGAGCAUCGUGGUUCGCACUCCGAUUGUUACGUUGGCUGGCCUAUCCCCUUACAAAAUCCCUGGUGUGUUGGUGAACUUAUGCACUAUCUUGCGGUAAUCUGGGUGGGGAGAUCGAUGGGCGCACGAAACAGAUUUUGCGUUUCUAGUUCGGAAAUAACUCCAAGUCCGCUUCUCAUGUGUAGUCUGUCUGCACAAGCCAUGAGAUCCUCAUUCGCGGUAUAAACCGAAACUCCAGGAGCAUUGACAAGACAGAUUUAGUGCACCUUAAAACUGAAAAGACCAAUUAAGUACCACCUCGGUACCUCAGUAUCAUUCCUCAUCAACUCAUCCACAAUGGCAUGGUCGCCCUUGGUUGUGUAUUUUUCCAAUCACUUCGGUAAAAAUACCCAAAAAUAAGAACCAAAGCAGUGCAUGCUUUUACCUUUGAUUCUUGCCGCCCAGGUACCCGUACUUGAUAUGCCAAUGAUUCUGUUUGAUCUAGCCGGCUUCAGUGAUGUCGCGAGUUCCCACUUCAGUCCAGCUGUUUUUUAGUUGUAAUCUCAAACUGCAUUUAGGGUCAUUUUCCAGUUGGCGAAAAGAAUUCUCAUUACAGAACUUAUGUCGAGCCUUUUCGUUAGAACCGUCUCGAGAGACGCUCAGAUUGACAAAUAACCUUCGACUCAUAUCGCCCUAGCCAGACAGGCUGUAGUGCCUUCUUCAUUCCAGCUUCACUCUACACGCACGCAAACAUAUCAAGACAAUGCAUGCUCCUACUUGACUAUGCUCGUGUACGCUUCAACGACCGGCAAAACAUUCCACUGCUCAUGCAACAACCAUGCGAUGCAGUUUGUCAGUCUUAUUGUGAUAGGCGAAGCGCUGUAUUGUCAUGUGCACAUCUUACUCAUGUGAAAACAGCAUCUUGAUGAAGUCUGGUCAUGCGGACUUAGAGGCCAGGUCAUGUGCGGCAGGUCGACAACCUGUUUAGCUUUGUCGUCUACUCCCCUCCCGCGCACCCGCGGCUUUCAUCUGUCGGAGCACAGUUGGUGUGGGCGGAGAGGAUUCGGCGGGUACAGCAGGUCUGCACGGGUCAGCACCACACUCACCCCCCCUCCCGUGGGGCGGUGGUAGGCCUCGUCGACGGCGGUGGUCGAACUCUCAUGCAUGUCCAGUGGUUUGGUGUGUGUAAUGAAACCAGUUUCACUGGUACCGCUAUUUACGAUGGCGGUUUUCUGUGUGUGAUUGCACAGCCGACUUUAAAGUAAUCCUCCUCCCCUCUGUAAAACAAACGGGCUGGUUGCAGCCUUACGCAUCUAAGAAACAGAAUUAUGGUCAAAUGCGGUUAUGUAGCCGCACCCGAGGUAAAAAAAACCGGCCACCUGUAAUACGGGGCCGGUGGUAAUAUGGGUUUUACAGGUGGGGCCGGGGAACGCGCAUGCGACUAGGUCAAGUAAUUGUGUACAAAACAAAAGCCAUUGGGAAUGCGCGGUUGUACUGUGAGUGGUUGAGAAAUAGUUGCCCUAUGCCCCUAACCCUUAACCGCAGCCCUAACCCCGGAAAAUCCAACGCGAAAGUUAGAUGGAGACGACAGACCGAAAGUCAAGAAGGACCACCGGCAUUUGGCCGAAAAAGGUAGACACGGCAACAAAGAAACAAGGCCGCCAACAGAACACACCGCAACGCACAGCAAAACCAUGCCACCGUAGUCACACCAACUCAAAAUAAUUAAGUAGGUCAACACUAUUGUGUCCAUCAGGUGCGGCUACAUAACCACACCUUAACUUACUUAUUUUCUACAAAUACUUCACCUGGCAGCACUGCUUUUGAAUGGCUGGCAGGCGUUUUCAUCCGCGCGGUCCUAAAACACAUUGCGACCAUGGCACAAUCUGUAGUUAAAUGGUCCUUGCGUUCGUCAUGGGCGACAAGAUUUCCCUCUCCUCCCUGGGAAAUUUGCCCCCAACGUUUUUCUGAUUCAAGAUGUUGUGUGAAGUUUAUGUGCAUACCCCUACCUCCAUUGGAUUUGCUCCAAGUGUACUAUAUUUUUUGAUCUGUGCUGGCGCAAAGUAAGGAAAAGGACCAUAACUGAGAUGACAUGAAUGAGAUUUUCGUCGACAACUUUUUCGACUGAGGAAAGAAAGAUUUGGGAACAUUUUUACCUCACGAAAAGCAAUCCGAUUAUUAACUGAUACUGCGGCAAGGUAUACUCUGCGUCUUCAGUUACGUCAGUUUACGCUAACUUUACUUUUUAUCCACAGGAAUCAGGGAAGCCAAUUCCGCCUGGGCAAUUACCAUUUUGUAACUUUUAAUCCGAUUUUUAAAAGACAUGUUUUUCCUGUCCAGGGUAAUUAUUUCUUUUGCCUUACCUCUGUUCUUGAAGAAUUACACUGAGACAUCUUUACUGGCAUUGCUUGUUUCAGCCUAAGUUCUAUUGAAUUAGCUAAUUUUUGUUCAGCAUCUUUCAAGGCGCGUUUUUAAAUCAUCAUGUUUACUCAAACCUCCAUACACGCUUCCCAUAUUCACCCUAUAGGAAUCAGCCGCUUCUACCGUUGUUUUCUGUGGUUUCCAUUCUGACGCACAAAGCCUCUCCCUCAAUAUCACCCGCGGUGGACAAGAUUCUGCGCUCUACUUCAGUAACUGUGCUCCACUUCAUCCGGCAGAUAUCGCCCUUAACGCCACCCUGGCUGAUCACACGUGGAAUCUAACAAACUCAGGCCUUGAGGCACUGUUCUCGUUGCCCUCCUGGACGAGCCCCCCAGAGGCCUCCUAG